AUGCCCUCACCGUCAUCGCUGUUACGUACAUUAUGUGCCAUUGCCCUGCUCGGCCUUACAGCCGCCGCCCCGUCCGUGCAGACUACUCUAACCAACGGCCCGCGACCGAUCUACGCCAUCGCACACAGAGUUCUCCGAACUGAAGCAGUGACAGCGGCGAUCUCCCACGGUGCCAACGCAUUAGAAGUUGAUCUCCACGGCACGGAUGAAUGGUGGGCUGAUCACGACUGCAAGAAAAACAGCGCCGGCGACACGGCCCGCGAGCUCUUCCAGUUCAUCGCCGAAGAGCGGAGGAAUGGCGCCAACAUCACCUUCAUCUGGCUGGACAUCAAGAACCCCGAUGAAUGCCCGCAGCACGAACCAUGCUCCAUCCAGGCCUUGCGGGAUCUGGUCCGCGAAACUCUAGAGCCGGUAGGUAUCCGAGCCCUGUAUGGCUUCUACCAAACCGAAGAAAGCCAGGGCUAUAAGGAGAUCCUGCACUCGCUGAAUGAGAACGAGGCUAUUUCUCUCAGUGGCUCUGCCAGGGAUGUCUUUGAGAUGUAUUUUACAACUUCGCGGUCGCUGCCGGUGAAGCAGAGGAUCAUGGACCAUGGAGAUGUCAAUAUUCAGAAGAAUUUUGGAGAUUGUCAUGAGCGUGGGGGGACGACGUGCUCGGAGUUGCGCAAUGGGCGCUCGGCUCGAAAUAGGGGUCAAUUGGGGAAAAUAUUCGCUUGGACUAGCACGGAGGGGGAUACAAGAUAUGUGAGCGAUUUGCUGAGUGUCGCUCAGGUUGACGGGAUUAUCUAUGGAAGUCAGAAACAUGAUUAUAAGGAUGAAGCCCGUACUAGGAAUGCCUUCUGGGAUAUUCUUGACUUCGUGAAGGCUAAUCCGGAUGCUGUUCGAAUGGCGACGGCGGACGACGCACCUUGGUAG